GCAAAGUUAGGCUUAAGCUCCAAAAUGGAUGCCUUCAUAUUGAGAAAUGAAACGAAAGUAAAUUUUGAUCGGCUAAAAACGUGUUCAGUUAGUGCAGAUAUGCAUCUCAUCAAAUGUAUACAGAGCUGCAUGAAUAACAUACAGAAUUCAGCAUGAGUUAUGUACUGACCUUUCCUACAAGUUGCAACUGGGAUCAUUCCUACAGUAUCUUAUCAGGACGUGUACAAGCAAAUGAACAAUCUCCGGACUACAUGAGAAAGUUUGAUGAUAUUAUUUGUGACUUUCUUAGAGAACAAGGAGUUCCUGGGGCCUCUUUGUGCAUCAGUUUGCAUGGUAAACCUAUCUACAAACAAGGGUAUGGUAUAAGUGGCUGUGGAGAACUCAUAUCCUCAUCAUCACAUUUUCGUAUCGCCAGCAUCAGUAAAAUUCUCACAGCAAUUGCUGUUCUACGUCUGUGUGAGGAAGGUCUUUUACAUCUAGGUCAGCAAGUGUUUGGUCGAAAUGGCAUUUUACAUAGAAUAAAGGUCACUGGUCAAGCCAGAAUGAAACAAGUGAAGCGUAUCAAGGUUCGUGACCUUUUACAACAUUCCUCGGGCUGGGAUAGGGAUGCUGUUGGUGACCACGUGUUCUGGUAUCAGAAGAAAGAACACCUGUCCAAGAUUGAUGCAUGGAAUAAUGAAAAUCUCCUUACAUACAUACUGACACAGAGUUUGUCAUUUCCAGCAGGUACACGUCAUUCUUAUUCAAACCUUGGAUACCUGGUUCUCGGCUUGGUGAUUGAAGAGAUUGCUGGGAUACCAUAUGAACAUUAUGUGAAGACAGUAUUUAGAGAUAUCGGUGUAGAGGAUAUUUACAUCGGAAGGACAAAACAGCACAAAGUACAUUUUCAGGAAGUGAAGUACUUUAAUAACAAAGAUCCUCCUGUUGAGAUGUCAGUGUUUAAUGUAAAUGAAGUGGUAGCUCCUCAGUAUGGCUCCUUCCCGAUGGAGAACACAGGGUCCUAUGGUGGUUGGGUGACCUGCGCCCAGAAUCUGGUCACAAUACUAGACAGUUUGGCUAGGAUGAGUGACGUGCCAUCGGUCCUUACACAUCAAAGUUUUGUGGAAAUGAUAGCAGCUCCAAGAUAUGCUACAGGCGAUGAUUGGUAUGGUCUUGGUUUGGACAUAGAAGAUAAGGGGACAAGUUUUGGACAUACCGGAGCUAUGGAAGGUACCUCAACAACAGUUCAUCAUAACCAAAAUGGGCUAACAUGGGCAUUUCUGCUCAACUCUUGGGCCAAAGACAUGGAUUUAGAUGGUCUUAUUAAAUAUGCUCUUUCUUCUGUUCAAGGGCUACCAUUGUGGAACGGAAUAGAUUUUAAAUGCAGUUACGAGGAAUAUUUUGUUAUGUCCGAAGAUGAACUCGAGUGUGUCACGAUUCUUUUACCGCACAAACGAUUGAUUUCUGAUGUAAUGGACAUGAAAGAUAGAGGAUUUAGGAUUUCUUGGAUUAAUGCCCUUUCUGUUGCCGAUGACGCCCUCUUUAAUGUUGUUUGGCGCAAACAGUCUGUAGAUGAUAAACAGUGGUCGAUUAUUAUUGAUGUUGAAAUCCCAGACUUUAAUAAUUGUUUGAAGAGUAUGAAAGAAAAUUGGGAAGUGAUUUUUCUUGAAUCGUACCACCUGGACGGUGUAGUAAAUCAUUUGUUUGUGUUCCAAGAAGGAGAUCAGUCAAAACAGAAAGUGUAUGUCGUGGACAGCAUGGAGGAACAUAAGAAGUUUAAGAACAUUUAUGAACAUAAUAAUUACCAGUUACAAACUCAGUCAGUAUUGGUACUGAAGGACCUUGUGAUAAUUUCUGCAGUAUAUAAUCAGGUGACUGGAAAACCAAGAUUAACAGAAAUAUGGUUAGACUUAUCAAUGGAGGAUUUUGUGACAAAGCUAGCGAAUUGUAUUGAAGGCAAACUACUGCUGAAUUAUUUACAGUUCUACACAACUGAAGACAUGCCAAAGAUUAGCGCUGUUUGGCAUCCUACGAAUGUUACAAAUAACGUGUUUCAGAGACAUGAUGUUACUAAAUACGGUUUCUUAUUUGAACUUGGGGAAAGUAUGAAGUGCAAUCGUCCUGUGUCAUUUAUCUCAGCAUACAGAUACGAAGAUGUGACAUACUUUGUUGCAGUCUGGGAAACUGAUGUAAGAAUUGGAAAAAGGACACCAAUCAAUAGAGAAGUUCUUUAUUGUUUGUAAAGAGUUGAUUAUUUGGUUAAUGUUUAUACACAGUCAUAGUGCCAGAACUGCAAAUGUCGUGAUAUUGCAGUAAAAGUUUAAGAAAGAUCUGGUACAAGACUAUUAAAUGCCAGUUUGUGUUUUGCAUAUUGAUCUCUUUUUUUAAACAUUUUAUAUGCCAUAAGGGACGUUAUAUAUGAUUAUGCUUGCUGUCCGUCUGUAAACAAUUUAGUUUCCACUUGCUAAUUGGUCAGAUGGACAUAUUGUGUGUUGGUGCUGGUGUUGGUGCUGGUAGUCCAUCUGUUUAUCCGUCCAUCUGUCUGCCAUUAUCUCUGUCAAUUUGUAAUGAAGUUUUUCUAUGCUCAGUACUUUAAGAAUUCUUUGGCCUAUGAUUUUCAAACUCGGUAGGCUUAUGGGUAAUAGAUGACAACUAAAGGUUUGGAAGUCAGUGGGUCAAAGGUCAGGGUCACUAUGACUGUUUAAAAACGGUUUCUUAAAACAGAAGACACAGUCACCAUGUAUCACUCUUUUGAGGUUUCUUAAAGGACAUUAUCAGUGUCAUUCUUAGUGGUCAGACAGACAAUUAUUCAUUCCAUAAGUGCUGAAUCCUUCGUGGGUUUUAUUCUGUCACCUUCAAAGCUGUCUUUCAGCGUAUAUUGAUCUGCAGAGGGUUUUUUUUGCUUAAAAAAAGAAAUAUUAACAUGAUCUGAUAUUUAAAUGAAAUGUAUUGGUGGAUUAUGGCAUCAAGACUUCGUUUUUAUCCUUUUAAGGGUGUUGCAAAUUAUGUUUCUUAAAUUUAGAUGAAAGUUAACACUUCAGAUCUCCGGAUUACAAAGUGCUCAUUGAUCACUCGCCGUCCACUGCACAUACAUCGGUCCACAUUUUGUUCAGAUAAUAUGGCACAAAUGAUCCAUUAGUUGACUUUAUUACUAAAAUUGUUCAUAUUGUUAUGUAAGAAGCAUUUCAUUAGUGACUAGUUUACUUGAUUGAGCUGUGAAGAUGAUGAAGGAUCUUGGGCCAUCAAGGCUCUCUUGUGGAAAUACAGAGGAUGACUUUCAGUUUUGAAAAGAGUUAUUACUUCUAAAUGUUACUGUUUAGUUAAUUUGUCAAUCUUUUUUGUAUUCAGUUCAUGAUUUUUUUUACAGAUAUAAUUGUUACAGUCUUUUGUUAUCUUGAUUUAGUAAAAUAAAACUAUAUUUUGGAAAUCGUU